UACAGCUGGAUUACUGGAAACACCAGAAAAAACAUUAAAGCCACUGCACUGAUCGUUUUCCUUCUGCACAUUGUAGGUACACUUCUUUCCUACCACUUGCUACCCUAAGACUACGAAGUCUUAAUGGAGCCACUUUUUGAUCAGGACUGGUGAGGGAAUACAGAAUUUUUUUUUUUUUUUUUUUUUAUAGGACGCAACAGCAAUGAAGCAGCGUCUGUUCGUACUCCUAUUUCUCACAGGAUUCGUACCCUGCCUCGAGUCUGUUAACAGUCAGUACUUUCUGAUCCUGGAGGAGAAAACAUGGACUGACGCUCAGGCUUACUGCAGAGCCAACUACGAUGACCUGGCUACCAUCGCAGGGUGGUCUGACCUCGACAAAAUUAAAGCUGAAGCACAGGCACAUAAGUUCAUUUCUUAUGCUUGGAUUGGAUUAUAUACUAACACUAGUGCCUGGCGCUGGUCACUUGGAAACCAGUCACUAGGAAAUAUGACAGACUGGUAUACGUAUCCGCCGAAUAGCGAAUACAACGAGCCGAACAACGCAAACGGACAUGAAGAGUGCUGUGCUUUCAAUCCACUGGGAUGGUUUGAUCGAUCAUGUGGGGAACAAUUUGGCUUUGUGUGCUUUGACAACCAAAAAAAGGGCACUGGCAAGUACAUUUACUAUUCUACUCCUCUAACCUGGAAUGCUGCUCAGAGCUACUGUAGGCAAUAUCACACAGACCUGACCAGCUCAAGAGACGCAACUGAAAACUCCAUCAUAAUGAACACAAUUCCUCAGAACAAUUCUUUUAAUUGGUUUGGCCUGUUCAGAAACAGCUGGAUGUGGUCAGAUGGGAACAACUCAACCUUCAUGGUUUGGGCACAGCAUCAACCCAAAGGGAAUGAAAACUGUGUUAAUAUACGAAAUAGUAGAGGCUAUAAUUCUCCAUGCUCAGAUGUUCUCCCUUUUUUCUGUCACGCAGUUGCGUAUCCAAGAAAACGACAAAUCAUCAGGAUGAAGGUUCGAUCCGAUCAGGACGUGAAUAAUCCUGCAGUGCUGUUGGCCAUCUUACAAAAAAUCCAGCAGAAAAUGAACGAUCAUGGGAUUGCCAACACCACGCUGAAAUGGAGAGAGACAUUAGAUGGAGAGGUCUUUCACAAGGAGAAAGAAAAUACUACAACAUCAAGAACAAACACAACAUGUGACCUCUAAGCUUUUAACCAUGAGAUUACGUACUUCUGUGGUGUGUUAGACAUGUUAGUGAAAGUGAUGGGUUCAAAAGGUGUAGGUCAUUACUAAAGGAACGUUUCAGUGAAAGAUCUCAUUCAUAUUAUUUUCUCUAAUGUAGUCAAUCAGCUAAGACAUGUUUGGUGCCUCAGCAAUUUUAUAAUUUUCAUACUGCAACACUUAUGAUGGCUCUGCCGCUAAUUAGCUCACAGUUUGGAAAUCUAAAAGAGCAUUGAUAACAUGGUGUGGGUGAUGUGGUUUGAGGGACCUGAGAGUGUGAGGCAAGAUCUAAAAGUCUUUGCAAGUCUGAUAGACUUAGUUUUUUUUUCUUCUUUUUUUCAGGAUUGCUCUGCUAAAGAGAAGGAGCCUGUAGAUAUCAACUUUACUUUUUGUUGCAAAGCUUUAAAUAUAGACCUUUUUAAAUUAAUUAAUCAAUGAAUUUGUCAUAGGUGUCAACAGAUGGUAAAAACAGAAUUUCAUUAAAGAAAUAUAAACAAUUUCAGAAUCAUGUCUGACCCAGAGCAGGAUUAUGAUUUUUACUGUACAGUUUGGGGAUUAAAAAAAAAUAAAAAAUCAGUCUCUCACAAACACAAGUUGAACUUGACCCAUAGUGCACAUUUGACAAUAUAUUUGAGCUAUAAUCUAUCACAUAUGUAAUAUAUAAGUGUUCCUGUAAUGUAGCUGUACAUUUCUAGCGCAUGUCUAACCAACAGCAGUUUCAAACUCAUAUGCAGAGAUUUACUUGCAUGCUUUCUCAACUUGUGCUUUCGUAAGAGGUUUAAUACAGCGAUAAUUCAAUACAAGUCUCCCAGCACUUAACGAGAGUCUGACUUCCUCUAGAAUUUUUUUUUUUUUAAGUCAAUUCUAAUUUAUGUUGCACCUUUAAGGUUUUCAUUUGACUCACACUACACUAAUAAAACUGAACUUAAUUGUGA